AUGUCAAAAUUUCUGAGUUCACCGUUUUCUACACCGUCACCGUCACCUACACCUUCACCCUCCUACACCUGCACCAUCCUUCUACACCGCCACCGUUACCUACACCUUCACAAUACCCCCGCAUCUGCCCCGUCCUGCUACACCUUCACUGUCCCCUACACAUGCAAUAUCAUCUACACCUUCACCGUCCUCCUACACCUUCACCGUCCACCUACAUCUUCACCGUCCACCUACACCUUCACUGUCCCCUACACCUUUACCGUCCUCCUACACCUUCACCGUCCUCUUACACCUUCACCGUCCUCCUACACCUUCAACGUCCACCACACCUUCACCGUCCACCUACACCUUCACUGUCCCCUACACCUUCACCGUACCCCUACACCUUCACCCUCCACCUACACCUUCACCGUCCACCUACACCUUCACCGUCCCCCUACACCUUUACCGUCCUCCUACACCUUCACCGUCCUCCUACACCUUCACCGUCCCCCUACACCUUCACUGUCCCCUACACCUUUACCGUCCUCCUACACCUUCAUCGGCCACCUACACCUUCACCGUCCACCUACACCUUCACCGUCCACCUACACCUUCAACGUCCACCUAUACCUUCAACGUCCACCACACCUUCACCGUCCACCUACACCUUCACUGUCCCCUACACCUUCACCGUACCCCUACACCUUUACCGUCCCCCAAACCUUCAUUGUCCCCAACACCUUCACCGUCUUCUACACCUUCACCGUCAACUACACCUUUCACUGUCCCCCAAAACCUUCACUAUCAUCUACACCUUCACCGUCCACCUACACCUUCACCGCCCUCCUACACCGUCCCCUACACCUUCACCGUCUUCCUAUACAUUCAUCGUCAUCUACACCUUCACCGUCAUCUACACCUUCACCGUCCCCUAACCUACACCGUCCUCCCAUACCUUCACCGUCCUCCUACACAUUCACCGUCAUCUACACCUUCACCGUCCCCCUAUACAUUCAUCGUCAUCUACACCUUCACCGUCCUCCUACACCUUCACAGUCCCCCAAAACCUUCACUAUCAUCUUCACCGUCCUCCUACACAUUCACCGUCCUCCUACACCUUCACCGUCCUCCUACACAUUCACCGCCAUCUACACCUUCACCGCCCCCCACGCCUUCACCGUCCUCCUACACCUUCACCGUCCUCCUACACAUUCACCGCCAUCUACACCUUCACCGCCCCCCACGCCUUCACUGUCCUCCUACACCUUCACCGUCCCCUUCACCCGCCCCCUCACCGUCCUCCUACACCUUCACCGUCCCCUACACCAUCAGUUAAUCCCCGAUCCCCGUGGCAGCUGCCUUCUAUACACUUGCAUCCAAGGAUCAAGGAGAAGGUUCAAUCCAACAAUCCUAUCAAUCAACUAA